AUGCCAUCGACUACGGGGAUCAAGCGGCAGAAGAUGACUCCAGAGAGGGUCAAACCAAGUGAUGACCAAUUGGCUCAGGAAGAUGACCAGGUGUUGGUUGCAUCAGAAGUGGUCAAACCAAGUGAUGACCAAUUGGCUCAGGAAGAUGACCAGGUGUUGGUUGCAUCAGAAGCACUCCCAAAGACGUACACAGAGGCAACGUCAGGCGACGACCAAGACGAAAGAAAGAAGACAAUUGUAAGUGAAUUGGAGUUGCUCACUACAAACAAGAAGUGGAAGCUGGUACCAAGACCGGCUCACCAGCGCCCAAUCAGAUGCCGAUUGGUAUUUGCGUUGAAGCGCAACGAUAAAGGAGAAGUGGUCCGGCACAAGGCUCGUCUCGUUACCAAGGAAACGUACGCGCCUGUGGCUUACCUGAACUCGAUCCGUGCAGUGCUUGCCAAGUGCUGCGCUGAAGGGUUUGAGAUCGAGCAGUGUUAUGUGGAUACUGCGUUCUUGUAUGGAAAGGUCGACGAAGAGAUCUACAUGGAAUUACCUGAAGGUCUCUGCGAGAUCAGGACAUUGGUCGAUGCUGAAGGUGAAGAAAACGUCGUCUGCCUACUACUGCAAAGUUUGUAUAGCCUCAAGGAAGCAUCUCGUGUUUGGAAUGAGACGAUCAACGGUCACGUCGAGAGCAUGGGUUUCAAGGCUGCUGAUGCUGAUCACUUACGAUGA